UUAAGAAGGUUUUCACAAACACCUAAGUGAUCAGUGAACAAAAGUGAAACGCGGUCUAACCGCGUUAUUUUCUAUUAUAUAAUUUUUCAAAAUUUUUCGUUUCUUUUUUUUAAUUUUAAUUGUUUUAAGUGUUAAAUAUACAUAAUAUACAAAAUGAGUUUCAUGGAUACUUUUAAUUAUUACUAUUAUGAUCAAGCAGAUACUCGGGUAAAGGGUUUGUUGUUUAUGGAUAGUCCAUGGCCAAUGAUAUUGAUAUUAUUUAGUUAUUUGUAUUUUGUAUUUCAAUGUGGUCCACGUUUUAUGAAAAAUCGACCCGCUUACGAGCUAAAGUCGUUUAUUAAGUUUUAUAAUAUUUUUCAAAUUAUUUCCAAUGCCUAUCUAGUCAAAGAAAUUCUUGCAGUUCAUCCAGAUGCAGUUGCUUUACGUUGUAUGCCAAUUGAUUAUUCAAAUAAUCCAGAUGCAGUUCGUAUGGUCAGAAUGACAUAUUUUGUAUUCUUAUUGAAAAUAGUCGAUCUCAUCGAAACAGGAAUGUUUGUAUUGAGAAAAAAAUAUAAUCAAAUAUCAUGGUUACAUCUUUAUCAUCAUUUUACAACUGCACUUGUCGCAUGGAUUUCAACGAGAUAUAUUGCUGGCGGAAUGGCUGUAUUUUAUCCUGCAAUGAAUUGUUCUGUUCAUGUUAUAAUGUAUACAUAUUAUCUUUUGAGUACCACAGAUAGUUUAAAACGAUAUGUUCUUCCCUUUAAACGUUAUGUCACAAUUAUUCAAAUGGUUCAAUUUGUUAUUUUAAUAUUCCAUGCUUUAAUAGCAACUUUCCCAUCUUGUGCUGUUCCUAAAUUACCAGCUUAUUUAAUGAUUUUAGAUGUAUUAUUUAAUUUCAAUUUGUUUUAUAAUUUCUACAAAAGAACAUAUCUAACGCCUAAGAAGAAAAAAGAAUAGACUAACAAUAUAAGUUAAAAAUUGUAAAUAUAAAUUAUUUAAAUCAA